AUGAAUUUGGAAGGGGUAGGCGACGCGGUUAGAUGCCGAGCAUUUCCCGUAACGCUGGCCGGCCCAACAAUACGAUGGUUUAACGCGCUCCCGCAAGGAUCCAUCACGGCCUUUGCGGACAUUUCCCAAAGCUUCCUGGCCCGGUUCACGACACGCAUAGCCAAGGCGAAACAUCCAAUGAACUUGCUGGGGGUUACCCAAAAACCCGGGGAGCCGACCAGGAAGUUCCUGGAUAGGUUCAACGACGAAUGCUUAGAAAUCGAAGGCCUCACGGACUUGGUUGCCAGCCUCUGCCUAAUAAACGGCCUACUAAACGAGGACUUUAGAAAACAACUCACCACCAAGCCUGUCUAG